AUCAUAAGAUAUUUUUCACAAAAUAUCUGACAAUAAGUUUAUGAUUAGUCAUAAUCAAUUUUGGAAGUAGCCAAGUUAAGGUACAAAAUUCUCUGUGAAAUAUUUCAACGUUUUAGGAAAACAUCAUGCUAAAAGUGAAAUUGAUCUCUCUUGAAAAUAAUUCAAAUCUUCAUAUAAAUGUCACAAAUAAAUCAGAAUCCUAUGGUCCUUCUCAGAAUGGUAUUAGUACAAACAUGAGAGGUAGUAUGACACCUUUUAAUUAUGAAUAUCAGAAUACAAAAGGAGAUAUUGCACCUUAUUAUCAGAGUGGAUAUAAUGGUGCUUCAGGCUACAAUUAUGAAGGAGGGAAUAGACAAAUUUCAGCUUACAAUAAUUAUGAUGGUGAAUGCAAAGGUUACAAUCCUUAUGCUUAUGGAGGAGACAAAGGAGUUUCAGCCAAUCAGAAAACAUAUCAAAGUGCUCCAGAUACAAAUUGUAAAGGAGGAAGUCCAGUUCAUGCCAUGUGUGAAGGAUAUUAUGACGCUUAUGGUGAUUAUUAUCCUGGUGUGGAUCAUAAUCUUGGAGGAAACAAUUACUAUGAUUACAGCGAUGACUAUUAUGCAGCUUAUCCCUAUCAACCCUCCAAUGAGAAGGAGAGUUGUAGUUGGUUUUGGUGAAAACGUUGAGCAGCUGCUUAUGUUUCCAAUCAGGAUUUUAUAAGUAUUACAUAUUGCAAAAGGAAUAUUACUUGUGAAUGAAUGUAUGACUUCAUUUUUGUGAACGAAAUAUAGGAUUUUUGAAUUGAA